UUUCAUUCUCUCAUAUCGAGCCCUAAUUUCUCACCUCUAUAAUCCUCUGGACGUCGCUCUUCUGCGAUCGGAUUACCGCAGCUGCUGUUCGUUCUGGUUCCUUAGCUCCUGACCCGUGGAGUGCGAGUUCUUCCUUUCGCUGGUGCUGUUCCGCCGUUCCUGUGCGCCCAGCGCCUUCCGUGUUUCGGUUUGGCCUAUAUUCUGCUCUGCUCUGGUGGAUGUCUUGAGAAUUGGUUGAGUCUAGAUUUUCAUUUUGUUCUGCUCUGUCGUCUUCGACUUCUCACCCAAUUGGCAUCAACGCAGUUCUAGUGUGCGGCUCUCGAAGAUGAAUGUAGAAAAACUAAUGAAGAUGGCUGGUUCUGUCCGAACUGGCGGGAAGGGUACAAUGAGAAGAAAGAAGAAGGCCGUACAUAAGACAACGACAACAGAUGAUAAAAGGCUUCAAAGCACCUUGAAGAGAAUUGGAGUGAACUCCAUACCUGCAAUUGAAGAGGUAAAUAUCUUCAAGGAGGAUGUGGUUAUCCAGUUCACUAACCCUAAAGUUCAAGCAUCUAUUGCUGCCAACACCUGGGUUGUCAGUGGAACUCCUCAGAACAAGAAAUUGCAAGACAUUCUUCCUCAGAUUAUUAACCAAUUGGGUCCAGAUAACCUGGAGAAUUUGAAAAAAUUGGCUGAGCAGUUCCAGAAGCAAGCGCCAGCUACAGAAGGCGGCGCCACUUCUGGUGCCACGGUAGCUCCGGAAGAUGAUGAGGAUGAUGUUCCAGAUCUUGUGCCUGGUGAGACAUUUGAAGCAGCUGCAGAGGAGGAUCAUAAACACACUAUCUAAGGUUCUCUCUUUCAAUUUUGUUUGGUAAUACUAAACUUUAUUUUGUGUUCUUGAAACCCGAUUGUGUUACGUAAUUUGACAUCAGUUACAAUCCUUAGCAGAAAGCAGAUAAUAUUACCAUGGAUGACUUUUUGAACCUGAUGGUGGUGGUUUAUAUCUA